UGAUAAGUUCUCCGUUUUUUUCGUUUUCGUUUAGUUUACUUUUCUUUUCUGUUGUUUAUUUGCGAGCCAUCGCUCAAACCGCCCGCAUCGCCAGCCCCGCCCCCUGCCCAGAGCCGCCCAUGGACGUCCGGACGAACUGCAGCCGCGAGGAGAGGGCGGCGGACGCGGAGAUCGCCGCGAGAAGCCACCGCCUGCUGCAGUUCACCAACUGCCGCCUGGUGCGGGGCCACCGCAUCGUCCAGGACGACCUGUGGGUGCGCGACGGACGCAUCGUGAAUCCGGAGCCCGUCUUCUUCGACGAGCAGGUGAAGUCCCACCGCCGCAUCGACUGCGGAGGCGCCAUCAUCGCCCCCGGCUACAUCGACAUCCAGAUCAAUGGUGGCUAUGGCGUGGACUUCUCCUACGACACGGAUACCAUCGAGGAGGGCGUGGCCACGGUGGCCCUUGGCCUGGUCAAGAGCGGGGUCACCUCCUUCUGUCCCACGCUGGUGACCUCGCCCAACGACAGCUACCACACAAUACUGCCGCGCAUUCCCACAGAAGUUCCCAAGGGCGCCGGAAUCCUGGGCAUCCAUGCCGAGGGCCCGUUCAUCAAUCCGCAGAAGAAGGGGGCGCAUCCGGAGAACUGCAUUCAAACCUUGGACAAGGGCCUAAGCACUCUGGAGACCACCUACGGCUCCCUGGAGCGCAUCAAGAUCCUCACCCUGGCGCCGGAGAAGGUCUCGGACCCGGAGGUCAUUGGCCAGCUGGCUGAGCGAGGCAUCACCGUGGCCCUGGGCCACUCGAUGGCCUCCCUAAACGACGGCGAGCGCGCCGUGCAGCAGGGAGCCUCGCUGAUCACGCAUCUGUUCAACGCCAUGCUGCCCUUCCAUCACCGCGAUCCCGGCCUGGUUGGCCUGCUCGCCUCCGAUGCAGUGCCUCACGGACGCACCGUUUACUUUGGCAUCAUUUCGGACGGAGUGCACACGCAUCCGGCGGCUCUGAGGAUCGCGUACCGAACGCAUCCGCAGGGCCUGAUCCUGGUCACGGAUGCCAUCUCGGCGCUGGGCCUGGAGGAGGGCGUCCACCACAUCGGACAGCUGCCGCUGCAGGUGAAACAGGGCAAGGCGUUUAUCGCCGGCACGGAAACCCUGUGCGGCAGCAUUGCGCCCAUGGACGAGUGCGUGCGCAUCUUCCACAAGGCCACAGGCUGCUCUGUUGUCUACGCCAUUGAGGCGGCCACCUUGCAUCCCGCUCAGUGCCUGAAGAUCGAGCAGCAGAAGGGCACCCUGGACUUUGGCUCGGAUGCGGACUUCAUCCUCCUGGACGAUCGCCUGCAGGUGCUGUCCACCUGGAUAGCGGGGACGUGUGUCCAUCGCACUGCCGAGUAGUACAUCAAAUGUACUCUCUUUCAUAUACCUGAUGCAGGAUGUAUUUUAUACCGAAGAUUCUCCAAUUAAAUUGUUAAACCUA